CCUCCUCUGAUCCUGAUUCUAGAAUUGAACAAACUACGAUACAUAAAGAAUAUAUACCUCACGAACUAAAUUCCCUUCAUAUUCCGUCGCAAGUUCUUCAGCCCAAACCUACUCCAGGUUCUCCGUUCCAUCAAGUAAACGGACCCGAACCUACACAAAAAACUGAUUCUGGACUGACAAAACUGAGACACGAUCCUAGUACAGGAUUGCCGAAACCUUGGAAAAAAAUUAUUUUAUUUUUCAAGGUUCUAAACUUGACGAAGAGGGCCAUUGUUCUCCGCCAACAAAGCCGCCCAAACCUGCCGUUGUUCCCCCUUGGGCGGAUAUAACGUUUCAAGAUCCAGAUGAGAGGGAUUGCAACUCGCCUCCGCCGCCAAAAUCUAUGAAAAUGUCUUCGCCUCCGAAAUCUCGGAAAAUGUCCCCACCCCAGCCAGUUGCCCUAAGCAUGACCAAAAAAUUUGACAGAAAGCUGUUUAUCGACCUGGUAGAAAUAAAUUUGCUUGAAAGUUUCUCCAAUAUAUCAAUCCAAUAUUGUUAUCCGCCAAUAUCUAAACAAAAUAUUGUUAUAGGAGAUUACAACAUCACUGCUGGAGAAAUAUUAGAUUUAACGAACGGAUCCUAUGAGUUCAAUUUCUCCGCCUCCCAAGCUGAGCUCAAGAACACAAGAGAUUACAACAUAUCCGCUGGAGAAAUAUUAGAUUUAACGAACAAAUCCUAUGAGUUCAAUUUCUCCGCCUCCCAAGCUGAGCUCAAGGUACUGAGCGGGACUACACAGAUUGCAUCCUGUUUCCUAAGGUUGGAUCAUCUCCUGGAUGCUCCAAGUAUAGACGGACUACAGGAGAGGAGUAGCCAAGAGACUAUAAUCUCUGAGCACGGAGUUCUAGGAUAG